GAUUUGCUUUUCCCUUUAUUUAAAGGGGGGCCUCUUGUUGGAUAGGGAUAAAUUACAUAGAAAUGCAUGUUGACAUGCUGGGUGCUUAAACUCACACAGUCCCCACGCUCAUAGCAGGCCAUAGCCUAAUCAUCAGGGCCAAGGGCAAAUUGCAAAAUAAAAAGUUUGCCUUUAUUCCCUCCACAUCCAAACUUUGGAGGUCAAGAGGCUGUUGACAGAUCUGAAGUCCAGGGUUUCCUCCUGAAGCCCCACGCUCUUGGUUCACUGUCUGACCUUUGGAAGGGUGAGGGAGCCCUGCCCAGAAGCAGGUGGGCAGCAGUGGUCCACCUGUGGACACCUCUUGCCUGCAGCCCUGGCUCUGUCACUGGGUACUGCCUCUCCCACCCUUAGGCGAGAGGAAAGAGAUGGGCAGGAUGAAGGUGUUCGCUCUCAUCUGGCAGGAAAGGGGGUCCAGAACCUCGACUUCCCAGAGGUUAGACGCGCAAGUGCCCUCAGAGCUGCUCUUCAGUGCUGAAGCCACUGCCUACGUGGGCCUGCUGAGCUCUUUGCAUGGGGCUGGUUGGAACUGAGAUGUGCUAGAAGUUUAAAUAUGGAGUGACUUUACAAGAUUUAGUACCCCAAAUUUAAGAAGCAUUUUCUGAUGGUCUUCAUUAAUAAUUUCAUAUUGCUCACAUAUAUAAGUGAUAAUAUUUUGGAUACAUCAGGUUAAGGUAUUACCAUGAAUUUCACCUGUUUUCCUUUCAUGAUGCCACUAGACUACUGUAAAUGACACAUGCGGCUCACAUUUUAUUCCUAUCGGACAUUUCUGACUUAGAGGACUCCGUCUCUUUUCAAAUCUCAUGCUGCCUCCUCAAGGGACCAGAGGCCAUAAAGGUUAUGAAAUCUGAAAUUUUAAAAGAAUCGUUAUUAUAUAAUCUUCAAUUUUACAUAUUACAUAUAUUACUCAUAAACUGAUAUAACCUUAUGAGCAAAGUUAAAUGCCAACGUCCAGGGCAGCCCCAGGUCCCAGCACAGGGAGUCAGCCCUGCCUGAAAAGGACUGCAGACAAUCAUUCAUUCAGGCCUCAUUCAGCCGCACCUAUGGUCGCAUCUCCUGUCACUCAGGGGGCAAGGGGGCGGGACCUGGAGCCCUACCCAAUCAGCGGCGCCGUUGUCGAGCCUGUCCAAUCAGGGGCGCAGCCGAAAAAGGGGGCGCACUUCUUGAGUUCUGGGCUGGGUUUUUCCUCUCCCAGGUGCGCUUCCCUGCUUGAUCUGUGUUUCUGCUCUUUCUCCUUCAUUCCGCAGCCUCCUUUGCCCUGUGACCUGCCAGGUACUGGAAGGUCCCUAGAGAGGAUACCGGGACGCUCCUGAAGCCGCGAGAUGAGCCACCAUCACUCAUGUUCUUGAAUGGGAACUGCCUGGAAAGCCUGAAGAAGGAGGAGCCUGAAGGAGGAAGGAGGAGGCUGCGCCAUCCCGGGAACAUGGGCUGGAUGAGGCCAAGCCAGGAGAUGACACCACUGAAUAGAAGUCACUAUUCAGGAUUUGGGCUUUUCUGUGGAGAUCCUGGCCCCGAGAUCGAACCCUUCUCCCUGCAGGUAUCGCCGCAGGAGAUGGUGCUGGAGAUCCACCGGGUGUUCAUGGACCAUGAAUACCCAUGUCCCCGCCUCACUUCUCACUGCACCCGGGUGGCAGCACACUGGACCACCUCUCAGAGCUGCGCAGCAUGGCGGGCCUGCAGGCGGGCUUGGUGCUCCACAUGGUGGAAGAGCCCUGCACAGUGCACGAGGCCCGAGGUGACGAGUGCCACAUCUGAGACUGCUCAGGAGCCUGGAUCCAGCUGAUGCAGCUCCUUGUCCUUCCUGAGCGUCUUCACUGACAGUGGCCUGGGAGGUGCAGAGGCAUUGGGGCCAGAGAUUGGGCAGGGGGCAGAGGGGCAGAAGCAAGGAGGUCAGAGGCUGAUGAAGGGGGCUCAAGGCCAGGCCUUUCCACCUGGAGGAGCCUGGGCCUGAGGAACCCAAACCAGGGCCACAGUUAGAGGUAGCUGGCCCUGGGUGCUCGUGUGCCGACCACCAGCCUCGGGUCCCACAGACGGCAGGAGCAGAAAGGCUUGGAGAUGGACCCCACCGACUGCACACCACCCAAGCACAUCCUGCUCGGAAACCUGGAACAGCCACUGUGUGCCCUGCAGCCCCAGAACGGUGACUAAAAGUCCCUGAAAGUGCUCGCCUUGAGCGGCUGGCACCUGUCCCCUGGGAACUGCAAGAGACUCCAGGUCUCCCUCUAGGGAGCUGUGAGCCAGCUCUGGCGAGAGCAGCCCUGGCAGCGGCGCCCAUGUGCUUCUGACUCGCCUUUCGGGGCAGCAUCUCAGGGCCAGGAAAACCCGGAGCAGGUGUGCAGCUGGAUGGCCCCUGUGACGGAGCACACUGUGGACUGCACGUGUGGAGAGGCGCCUGCACCUCGAGGCUGGGCUGUGAGGAGCACAUUCCUGCACAGGGGCCUGUGACCUGGCCCGGUCCUCACUGGGAACCCCCUUCCUUCCUGGGUGCCAGCCCCAGUACUGGAACGUGGAGCUGCAGAUGAUGAGGGACCUGCCCUACAGGAACCAACCUGAGCAGCUGCUUCAAGAAAAAGCCAUGUUCAAGGUUCUGAAGCCCCUGGUGAAUGAGUGACAGCCUCACAGCCUCAGGCCCACCUGUCUCCUGCUGGAAUGUUUCUUGUGUACAGCAGGGACGUGAGGGAAACUGGCCUCCCCCAUCUUGGUGAGCUGGGCCAGGUGGAUGUAGCCUGAGGCUUUUGUGGGCAUGGCCUCUCGCCCUCCCAGCCUUGGUCCCUCCCAGGUACCCAGCAACUUCAGAGUGGCAGCCACAUGGGGCGUCGGUCAGGGAGGCAUGGUCAUGGCCAUCAGCCCCAGUGAGGAGACCACGCUGCAGAUGUUCACGUGGAGCCGCGUCAUCUUCAGCCUGGGCUUUGUUGUUAGUGGCCACUACAAGGACUUUGCUGGGGACGUAGCAGCCUCCAUAGCGUUCACCAAUGACCUGAACGGUUAGCACUGGCACAAUGCAGUGGACAUGGAGGGUCUGUACACAGCUGGACACGGCAGAGGUGGAUGACCGCGGCUACUGGGUCAGGUUCCAGUCCUCACCCCUGGCAUCCUGGAGUGGGACCAGGAGCAGAGUGUCAUCUGUGGCUCCACUGACUUUGCAAGACAAUGGUGUGGCCCCCGUGUUGCCUGGAUCUGCUGGAGCAUGAGUUGACUGCUCAAGACCCUGCGCCACUGCACGCUCAACCACUGUGACGCGGAGGCGGAGCUCUUCUUGGUUGAGGGCAAGGGCAUCACCGGCAACGACAGGUGCCACUAUAGUCUCUACCUGCUGAGCCCACUGCCCCGACCUCAGCUCCCUGCCUGUGCCCCACAAGGAGCUGCCAGAGGAGUGCUCCCAUGCCAGCUUCCCCUGCACCCAUAGGCAUAGGUUCUGUCACCUGUGCCAGGAGCUGGUGGAUGCCUUCGUGGAGCAUAGUUGAGGAGCAGCCCUUUGAGGCUGGGGCUACAGCCAGCUGCACCCUGCUGCAGGCAAUGGGCAGCCCGGGUUGUUCUAGGGCUGGGUCGUUGAAGAGAGAAGCUCUGGACAGUGAAGAAGAGCUUGUUCUGGCCACACUCACUAGAGCCCCUUUCCCAUCCCCCACCCACCUGCUAUCAGGCUCCCAGAUGCAGAAUCUGGAGCUUUGUGUUGGUUGUAAGUUAGUGAGCAGUGAAACCAGCGACCCAGCUGAGCUGUGCUGUUCUCCUAAGGAGGGUUUGGAAGUUGCUGGGUGGGUUGUGAAGGUCACAGUCCCUGAGUGUUAGUGCUGCUGGUUUUUAGUGCUUAGGAGUUGACCAUGUUAAAUUUCCCACACCACAAGUAACUCUUUUCCGGAAGCCAGUGGCAUUCCCGUCUCUGUUGACAGUCCUGGUCUGAAUGUGGACCCCUUCUCCUCCACCUCCAUACUCUGGCUGUCUUCUUCCUGUCUGGGGGGAUCUGGCAGCCACCACCUUGUUGCUUGGGUUUGUGAGAGCAAAGCUGAGUUCCAGUCGGGCUUGCAGCAGAAGGAAUCUGAUGCCAUCUAUAAGGCCCAGGUGGUCUGUGGCAGGGCCGGCGGGUUGAGAUGCGCCUGUAGGUUGUGGACAGCUAGUCCUUUCCUGCUUCUGCUCUCUCCCCUGUUUUUGGGUGAGAACCACGAGAAGCAAAGCUCUGAGAACCUCAAGUGCCCGGCCCAGCAGGCUGUGGCCCAGCAGCACACCGUGAAUGGGAUAUACCGGUGGGCUGCAGCGCCAGCAUCCUGCCCCUCCAGGUAUAUCCCUGGGUGGAGCUGGGCCCCUACUCGGCCUGGGUAGGAUGAGCCUCACUCACAGUUCAUCCCCCCACGGCCCCUCAGUUCACAGCCCCCAGCAUGGCCAGCGUCUUGGAGCAGCUCCAGGUCAUCAGUGACAUCCUCUUCAUUCUUCUCAGCUGAGGCCCCUCCAUGGCUCCCUACUUAGAAGUUGGCCUUUAGUUUUGUAAGAUAUGUAAUAGGCUGACAUGGCUCAAAAUUGAAAAGUAUAGCCAGUGAUGAGAAGUUCUUUGUGAAUCCUUCCAGAAAUACUCCAUGUGAUCUUUUUCCCCCUCUUUUUUUUCUUUGGAAUUGUGGCAUGCCAUGGAUGAAGGUUAUUAUUGUUUACUUCAUUUAACAAUGUAUCUUGGUGAUCUUGCAUUUCAGUUCCUAAGGAGUGGCUUUAUUCCUUCCCCGGCUGCCUCUGGUUCCAGUGCAAAGUGUGCCUUAGGAGCAGGCCCUAAGGACUCCCGCGGUGCUGUCACAAGCAGUGCUGCCUUUGGGAGCCCCUAACCUCCUGCCUUUUCUCCCCUCAGUGUGGGAAAGGGGUUUGGUCAGCCAGGGGUGUCAGCAACCCUGUCCCAUGCCCACUGUCUACAUCUAAUCUGGUGGCAGGGAGGCCACAGAGUACAGCGACUGGAACUGGGUGUGAGGGUGAGAGGCAGCCGGGCCCCAGGCCAAGUCAAGUGCAUGGAAUCCUGACUGUCAGCAAUCAGGGAUCUUUCUGCUUUUGGGAGGGAAGUACUUGUUACACGCGUCUCACUGAAUAUGGCACAGAGCUUGAUCUGUCCCAAGUGGGAGUUUAACCAGCCUAGAGGGGAGCCCAGGGCCCUGGCCCAGUCUGACACCUACCUCCUCUCCCACCUUCUACUCCCCCAGAAGACUAGGAGAAUCUGAAAGCAGAGGUGGUGCAGCACCACUAGUUCCAGGAGUCCAGAAAAACAGGGAAAGGGCAUUCUGGGAGGUCGAGGUAGGUGGAUCACUUGAGCUCAAGAGUUGGAGACCAGCCUAGGAAACAUGACGAAACCCCAUUUACAAAAAGCAAAAAUUAGCCUGCUGUGGUGGCGCGACCUGUAGUCCCAGCUACUCAGUCGGCUGAGGUGGGGGGAUCGCUUGGGCCUGAGAGGUCCAGGCUGCAGUGAGCCAUGAUUGUGCCACUGCACUCCAGCCUGGGUGAUAGAAUGAGAUCCUGCCUCAAAAAAAACACAAAAAAAACAGCUAGGGCUGGGGACCCUAUGGCCACUGAGUCUGAGCCAGCGGGGCCAGAGGAACUGAGCUCCCAGCCCUGUGGCUGCCAAGGAUCCUUUUUCCUCGAGCUUGCAGGGAUCGAGAGAGAGAGAUAGUCGGGGACCCUGAUGUUAGAGAUGCAGACUCCAGGAGAAGGGGGCAUGCUCGCAGGUUAGAGGAAGUGAGCCCCUUUUCCGUGUUCCACCCCCACCAUCCUCCUGGGACCCCAGCCUGCAUGCCCCCCUAAAAGAUUCUUUUGCACUGAUUCAGUGAAUAUACGAUGCAAAGGCCUAAUUGAAGACCUGUGAAUGGCAUGUACGGUCCUCAGUUCCCAGCUGUGGGGCCCCUCAGGCUCCCCAUAUUCCCCUCAGCCUCCCCAUCUUACAUCAGGGGUGUGGAGUGUGUCCAUGGCCACGAGUAUUGAUCUCUCCCUCCCAGCCUGUACAUCACCCUGAGGCAGUUCAGAGUGGAUGACAUGCAGAUGGGUUUCCUCAGCUCAUUUGCAUGGUUGAUGUUAUGGCUGCUGCUUUUACUGCCACAACUCCCAGGCCCAACCUGGCUUAAUGUCUAAGUUUUAAGCCAAAAAGGAUGGGGAGCCAGAGCUUUGUGGCAGGGCUGGGGGCUGGGGUGCACUUUAGUUUUGUGGCAGGAUGAAGGCUGCAGUGGUUUUAUUCGUCAUGAUUGGCCUGGCCAUAGCUCCAGGCUGAGAGGGACAGGUUUGUCAGUGGUGGUCCCCCAGAUGUCCCUGUGCCCAGCCCUGGCCUGUCUGCCCUCAGGCCCAGCAGGAGGUGCUGCCACAGCCUCUGACUGGCCUCCCUACUCCCUGUAUCCCAGAUGGACAGAACCUUGGGAUCUACAGUUGGAAUGUAUCAUUCUCCCCAUUUUAACUCAAGCUGCCUGACACAGGGAGGGUGGGGUUGGUAAGGAGCGUGGGGAACCAGAGUUGACAUGGAUCCUGGGGAAAGGUUACAGACACAGGAGGGCUUGUCACCGCUCUGUGGAGCCCCGCUGCUUCCCACACAGCACCUUCUGCAGAGACUAGCUCUGAGGGUGGCAGGGGACCCCACGGGCCAUGGCUGCUGCCUCUCUGCCCCUGUCUGUGCCUGCUGUGGGAGCCUGGACUGGGGGAGGACAUUGCUGCCCUGUGAGCCUGAGGGAGGCUCUCUGGCUGUGACCACUACAUGGGGCUUUGCAGAGAGCUGCUUAUGGAUAUGGUGUCACCAGACACCUUGUUUCAGAGGGAGUGGGCAUCAGCUAGCAAGUGAAGCACCCCCACAACUUCUCAGGAACUGUUUCUCAUUUUUAAACCAUCAUGUCUUCAUUUCACAUUGGAAUAAAGUGAGGUUUUG